AUGCACCGGAUAGUAGGCUCACGGCACGGGCAGAAUGGAGGCGGGAGAGGCGGGUACCCGUGUGAGUGGGGUGGCAGUGCGGGUGCGGGUGGUGACGCGGAAUGGCUCGGCGGCCGCAGCAGCGACGAGGAGGCGAGCAGCGGCGGCGAGGAGGCGCGCUGCGGCGGCGAGGAGGCGCGCGACGAGGCGCAGCUGGGCGAGCUGCUCCCCGUGGCCGGCGCCGAGUGGCUCGCGGACGCGCCGCCGGCGGAAGUAGGUCAGGCGGAAACUGGUGAGGCGGAUACUAGGCAGGCGGAAAUGGGUCGGGCGGAAAGCAGGGAGGCGGAAACGGGGCAAGCGGAAACGGGGCAGGUGGAAACGGGGCAGGUGGAAACAGGGCAGGCGGAAACGAGGGGAGCGGAAACGAGGGGGACGGAAACGAGGGGAGCGGAGGUGGAGAGGGGAAGGGCGGAGGAGGCGCAAGGAGCGAGUGGAGCUGCUGACGCCCAUGGCGCGCCAUCGGCACUGGCGACGGCCUCGGCACUGGCGACGGCCUCGGCACUGGCGACGCCCUCGGCACUGGCGACGCCCUCGGCACUGGCGACGCCGCACCCUGCACGUGCUCCCGCUGGCGCCACCGCGGCACGCGAGGCGCGCAUAGCGCCCGCGCAAGUGGAGGCGACUGGCGGAGGGGCGGGGCUGUCGCUGCCUGUCCCCGGCGAGAGCGCGGUCGCUGCCGCGCGGGAAGGGGAAGAGGAACGGGGGCCAGGGGAAGGAGAAGGGGAAAGGAGGAAAGGGAAAGGGGAAGAGAAAAAAGUGGAAGGGGAAGGAGGAGGGGAAGUGAAGGGAGGGGAAAGGGAGAAGAUAGGCGGCUAUGAGGGGAGGCGGGGCGAGCAGCGCGUUGGUAGUGAGGGCGAGGCGGGACUCCGCGCGCGCCACCUGCUGGCGCUGCUGAAGGCGGCCGCUGCUGCUGGCGGGCGCUGCUCUCUGCCCGUGAGAGGCACUGGCGACGCGGGUGACAGCGGCAGCACGGGCGAGGGCGCAGGCGGAGAGGGCAGAGGUGGGGGCGAGCAGCAGCGGAUGGUGGCGGCGUUCCUGCGCGCGCGCGAGGCAGGCGCGGCCGUGGCGAGUGGGAGAGGGGGGCGAGGCGAGGAGUGGGCGCGCAGGAGGCAGAGGCGCGCAGGCAGGGGCGGGCGCGUGGGGAGGGGGCGCUGGCAGGGGAGGGGCGCGAGGCGAGAGCGGGAAGCAGGCAGGGGAGGGGAAGUGGAAGGGGGGAGUGGAGUGGUUGAAGGCGACGAGGAGGGGCGAGCAGGGGGAGAUGGCGACGUGCAUGGCAGUGCGAGGGGCAGCAGCGACAGGGAGGUGGAGCUGGAGGAGCUGUUGGCCGUGGCGGGGUGGGACCGCUGCGAGGACGCCCAGGGGCAGGGGGAGGGGCAGCAGCAGGAGGAGGCGCGCGGUGGUGCAGCGAGCAUGGUGGCGGUGCUGCCCCGGCUGGCCCGCGUGCAGCAUCGAGCUGAGUGGGCACCCGACUCGGUGAGUGGCGCGCUGUGCGAUUGCUGCCCGCUGCUUGCUGGUGUAGUUGACAUGCGGGUGGUGUGGAGAGGAGCGUGUGGAGAGGUGAUUGUGGCACAUGAGGUGAUUGUGGCACAUGAGGUGAUUGUGGCACAUGAGGUGAUUGUGGCACAUGAGGCAUGCGCCCUCCUUGCCACCACCUACAUCGCUCCCCAUGCCUCUGCGCCUGCUGGCGCGGCGACGGGGCAGGGAGAGCGUGCGGAUGCACUCGUGCUGCGUCGCCGGGACCGGCAGGCCAGCGAGUUGCGGCGCAGGAGCAGGCUGACCGCGGCAGCUGAGGCUGCAGAGGCGGCACGGAGGGCGGCGGGCGGUGCGGCGCACUCGCGUGAUGGAUUGAGAGAGAGACGGCUGCGGGAGCGAGAGGAGAGGCUGAGGAGGCGGGCGGGGGGACAGGGAGGGGAGAAGAAGGCGGCGCUUGAUGUGCGUGGCAGGGCGAAGGAUGCAGGUGGCAGGGCGAAGGAUGCAGGUGGCAGGGCGAAGGAUGCAGGUGGCAGGGCGAAGGAUGCAGGUGCGGAGGAGGGCGGCACUGGGGUGGCAGGCGAAGGCGGCAGGCAGGGUGUGACGCGUGCGGGCGCACUGCGUGGCGGGCACAUGCACUGGCGUGAGCGACAACGUGGACAGGGAGGGGCGGAGGGUGGUGAGGGUGUGAGGCGGACAAGAGGGAGAGGGAAUGGGAGUGUGCGGGUGAUUGAGGAAGUGGUGAGGGAAGAGGCUGGGGCGAGUGAGAGCGAGUCCGAUGGGCUGGAGGGGGAGAUAAAGGAGGAGGUGGAGGAGGAGGGAAGGAAGAGGUUGAGGCAGUGGGGGAGUGAGGGCGGUGGGGGGAGGACGAGACAGGAGCAGAAGGGGCGAGGUGGUGUGAGGGGAAGAAGGGCAGAUGAGCGAGCAGGCAAGGCGAGCUGCAGGGAAGUGGAGAGCGUGACUGGGGCAGGGAGUGGUGGAGUGGAGAGGGUCAGCAGGAAGGGAACGCUAGGAGAUAAGGGUAGUGAGAAGGGACGGGUAAGAGAGGAGAGGGAAAGAGCGGGGAGAAGUGAGGAGGAGCGGGCGAGAGAUGGAGAUGUGAGGGGCAGGCCCGUUGACUCGGGGUCGCGUCCUCCCCGGCAGCCCGUGAGGGAUGUGGCGGGCAAGUUUGCUCCAUGCAGUGGGGUGGAGGAGAAGGGAGGGAGGAAGAAGAGAAGGAGAGGCGAAGGUGAGGAACGAGGUGCGGAUGUCCAAGGCGGAGUGGGAGUGCAGCGAGUAGAGGUGGAGGGGAGUGGUGGUGGUGAGGGGGGCGUGCAAGUGCAGGGCGCAGAGUGGGUAGAGAGGAGAGGCGCGGGAGUCCCUGUGACUCCCCAACAGGUGGAGGGGAAGCGACGCAGAGUGGUUGUGGCAGCAGCGGUAAGACCUCCAGCACAACCUGCACUCGCACCACCGGUAGUAGCAGCGAGAACAGAGCCUGCAGCAGCAGCACCAGCAGCACCAGCAGCAGCAGCAGCAGCAGCAGCAGCAGCGGCAGCAACACCACCACCAGCGGCAGCAGUGGCAGAGGGUGAGGCAGCAGCAGGGGUGGUGGCGGGAAGUGGUGGUGGCGGUGCAGAGGAGGCAGGGUCGUCGCUGCGGGACACGGUGCGGGGGGCGCUGCGCGCCAUGGGGCUGUACGAGGGCAAGCGGGCCAUCAAGGAGGAGCUCAGGCGCCAGCAGAGGGGCGUGGCAGCCACUGCCAUGCGCGCUGUGCAGGAGGGCAGGAGGGAGGAGGAGCGUGCCGUGCGGGCCAUGCGCGCCGUGGAGGCAGCGCAGGUGGUGCGGGUGGCGGCGGUGCAGGCGGAGUGUGACGCGCGCAUCAAUGCCUUCAUGCACCAGCUCUUCCGCGACAUGAGCUCUCUGUGA